GACAACAAAACAGAGACCCACGACACCACCCUUUGCUUUCCCAAAUCUGACCUCUCCUUCCUUAUUCACUCUUCCUUACCCCAUACCUUACAACUCCACCGCGCCAUCCUCUUAUCUCUGCCCUCUCGCCGGUCACUUUCCUCUAUCGUCUACCGGAUCGACCAGUAAUCAGUCUCUCUCCAUCCACAACCACCUCUAAUCUUCAGUUUCAGCUUCUUUUUUUUCUUUUUUUUUUAAAUGUUGUUAAAAAUCUUCAGCCUGUUUUCUUAAAGCUGAAACUAAUUUACAGAUGAACCCUAGCUUUCGCUUUGUAACAUGUAAACUAUUUAUUAUAUGCCUGAUCCCUAAAUUUAGGGUUUCCCAGCUCUUAAUUUUACUAUUUUAAAUCAUUUCUGUGAAAUUGUUUGUUAGUUUCAAAAUGAAGAGAUUGAGAUCAAGUGAUGAUCUUGAUUCUUAUAACGAGAAAACCUCAGUCAAGGAUUCAAAUCCAAGUAGACCGUCUAGAAGUUUCUAUUACAAAUCCGAUAAUGCGCGCAAAGGGUUGAUUUCCACGUCAUCAUCCUCGACCCGGUAUGAUCGAGGCCGAUCUAUUGAUGAUGAUAAUAGAGAGAGCACCAGAAUGGUUAGGAAGCGAUCAGAUCAUGAAUUUGAUAGCUUUGAUCGAAGAAAAGGGUUAGGGUUUGAUAGGUAUGGCAAUGGAGGAGGUAGCGGUAAUAGUAGAGAAGGGUAUGGUGGAAGUAGUGGUGGUGGGAAUGAUAGGGUUAUUCUUCGAUCGGAGAGCUUUUGUGGGUCGAGGAGGGAUUUUCCGAAAGGGUUUAGGUCGGAGAGGGAAAGGUCGAGGAGAGAAGGGAGUGUUUCGUCGUGGAGGAGGUUUGGGGGUAAAGAAUUUGAGGAGAAUAGAGGAGCUAGUAGUAGAGGUGGAAAUGAGGAGAGGAUGGGGAGUGCUAGGUCGUCACCUAAGGGGUUGAGAGAUGUUGUUAGGUCACCUUCUUGGUCGAGGGAUUCAGGGAGUGAGCAAACUAGGGUGGUACGAGGAAGUGUUUGUGGGAGGGAUGAGGGGAAAGUGAAGUCUUCAAAUUCUAAGUCGAGGUCGUCACCCACAUGGUCGAAGGAUUCGGGGAGUGAGCAAUCGAAGAGUGUGGAAGCGGGGAAGAAAAGUGAAGCGGAGACAAAAAGUGCUGAGGUGGAGGCUAGAAGUGCUGAGAUGGAGGUGAAGAGUGUUGAGAAUGGGAAUAAUAGUGAAAUGGAAGAAGGGGAGCUUGAGCCAGAACCUGAUUCAGUUCCUAAAGUUGCCAAGGAAAAUGAGAAUGAUAAUGGCAAUGAAAGACGAGAGGAUGUUAUAGAAGAUAUUGAUCAGAGGAAGGUUGAGAUUGAGUCCGAAGUUAAGGAUCAAGUAAAUGAAGAGGAGAAAAGGCCCGAUAAAGUAAGUGUUCACGAGGGGAAGGAUGUGGCGAAGGAAGUUGAUGAGAUGCGAAAUGUUGAGGAGAGUUCUAAUGAUAAUGCUAGUGUCACGGAGGAUGAAGUUGGGAAUAGGGUUGCUGGUGAAGAUAACAAGGACAGCCAGAGUAUGAAGGAAAAAGUCGAGUGCAAGGAGGAGGGAAGUAAGAAUAUAGCUGUCGUGGAGUCUCAGAGCUCGGAGGAGGAUAAUAGACAAGGUAAGGGUAUCGAUCUUGAGGUGAAGGCAGAGGAGGUUGAAGUGCCAGAGUCAAAUAAGGAAAAUGAAGGAGCUGAAGUGAAUAUAAAUGCAGUGACAGGGGUUUUGAGCCAGAACUUGAAGGACAAGGGCAAAAGUGUGGUUAUUUCACCAACCAACGAUGUUGAUUCUGCAGAAGAUGGUGCAUGGGUCGAAAGAGAAUCGAGAAACGUUGCCAUAUUCAGGAAUGGGGAAGACGAUAUGGAAGGACCUAGUACUAGGGGAUUUGAGUUGUUUACUAGCUCUCCUGUUAGAAGAGUUGAGAAAUCUGAGCAAUCGCGUGGUAGCAAGUCAAAAGAUGAAAAGCUGCAGUUGGAACCGCUUGAUCUUUCUCUCAGCUUACCAAAUGUUUUGUAUCCUAUUGGUGCAACCGGAGACACGACCCAGGCUCCUGGUUCUCCAAGCCAUGGGAGAAGUGUUCAGUCCUUUAGCUCAUUUCGAACAAAUUCAGACGGGUUUACUGCAUCAAUGUCAUUUUCAGGUUCUCAGUCAUUUAUUCAUAAUCAAAGCUGUUCUCUAACUCAGAAUUCGUUGGACAUGGACAACUAUGAACAAUCUGUUCACAGCCGCCCCCUAUUUCAGGGUAUUGAUCAAACGAAUUGGCAGGGUCAGACUCAAAAUGACUCCAAGCAUAAAGAUGUUCCCUUGUAUCAAAAAAUUUUGAUGAAUGGAAAUGGCUCUCUUCAUCAGCCUCAAGCAGUACAGGGUUUGUCAAAUGGUCAAGCUUUGCAAGGAAGCUCUAAAAUGCCCAAUGAACUUGAAAGACAAUUGAGUUUCCAUAGACAGUUGUCAGGAGGGCAGGCAAGGAAUCAUGAUGACACUAGAUCCCCUUCUCAAAGUGUGGGAUCCCAUGAUAUUGGUUCGAAUUAUAGCUUUGAGAAGAAGCGUGCCAUGAAAGAGAAACAUGGCAGUAGCCUAUAUAGGAGCAAUAGCCAGAAGGAACAAGAGCAAUUUCUGAUAGGCGGAGCUGAUUUUGUUGAGACUAUCCUUGGCAGAAUAGUUUCUGAGCCCAUUCAUGUGAUGGCUAAGAAAUUCCAUGAAAUGACAGCACAAGCAUCAUGUUUAAAGGAGAGCAUCCGUGAGAUUCUGUUAAAUACCGAUAAGCAAGGGCAAAUAUGUGCACUUCAAAGCGUUCUGCAAAACAGGUCUGACUUAACCUUGGAUAUGCUGUUGAAAUCCCAUCGUGCUCAACUGGAAGUCUUGGUAGCUUUGCGAACAGGUUUACCAGAGUUUCUCCAAGUAGACAGUGGCAUUUCAUCUUCUCAUCUGGCUGAGAUUUUCCUGAACUUGAGGUGCAGAAAUCUGACAUGUCAAAGUCUUUUGCCUGUGGAUGAAUGUGAUUGCAAAGUUUGUGCGAAGAAAAAUGGUUUUUGCAGUUUAUGUAUGUGUCUUGUGUGCUCGAAGUUUGAUAUGGCAUCUAAUACAUGUAGUUGGGUUGGGUGUGAUGUUUGCCUUCAUUGGUGUCAUGCUGAUUGUGCAUUACGAGAAGCUUACAUUAGGAAUGGAAGGAGUGCCAGUGGUGCUCAAGGGACUACUGAGAUGCAGUUCCAUUGUGUUGCCUGUGAUCAUCCUUCUGAGAUGUUUGGCUUUGUGAAGGAGGUUUUUCAGAACUUUGCAAAAGAUUGGACUGCAGAAACAUUUUGCAGAGAACUUGAAUAUGUCAAGAGAAUUUUCCGUGCCAGCAAGGAUGUGAGAGGGAGACGUCUGCAUGAAAUAGCUGAUCAGAUGCUGGCAAAAUUGGCAAAUAAGUCCAAUCUUCCCGAGGUUUAUAAUUAUAUAAUAGUAUUGCUGACUGAAAGUGAUCCAUCCAAGUUUGGCAAUGCAUCUGGUUUUUUCUUGAAGGAACAAGGAAAUGGAAGCAAUGGUGUCAUUGCUGGACCUAGCCACGAUGCUGCAUGGAUCAAAUCUGUAUACACUGAAAAAAAUCCUCAAUUGGAAAGAUCAACUAGCCUACGUCCUAGCUUCCAUUCUGACUUGAAUGAUAAAUGCCCUGUUGAACCGGAGUUACUGAGAAGUGCCCGAAAGGAGCCCCUUUUUGAUGAACUGGAGAGCAUUGUUAAAAUCAAACAGGCAGAAGCUAAGAUGUUUCAAGCACGUGCUGAUGAUGCUAGAAGAGAAGCUGAGGGCCUGAAACGAAUUGCGAUUGCGAAGAGUGAAAAAAUCAGGGAAGAGUUCACAAGUAGAAUCUCUAAAUUGCGCAUAGUUGAGGUUGAGGAAAUGCGUAAACAAAAAUUUGAAGAAUUUCAGGCCCUGGAAAGAGCUCAUCGGGAAUAUUUCAGUAUGAAGACGAGGAUGGAAGCUGAUAUCAAGGAUCUCUUAUUAAAAAUGGAAGCUGCUAAACGAAACAUCACCUUGUGAUCGAGAUUGUGUAGGGUUUAGCAUAAGAAACUGUCACCAUCCCAGGUAAAUUUAAUCUUUAGAACUGUACUAGUAUGUUGUAAUGUAGCAAGCGCCCAUUUCCUGUUUCACAAAUUUUAGGCGUGUCUACGGUUUAUGUUUUUCUUCCUUAAAUGCUAACGUGAAUGUGUACAGAAACUGCAAAAUCUCUAUAUGUUGUAGUCUGCUCCCCGUUAUGGAAGCGGUUGGAAAGAGAUGAUAGAUCAAAUUCUCAUCGUCUGAAGGGAUUUAAAUAUUGUUUUCAGGUACAUUAGGGCCAUUUUCUGUGAGCCGAAGAAAAUAUUGACCGGUUCAGAUCAA